AUGUCUACACUAGAACAUCACACUUUAGAAAUACAAAAAAAACGAUUCGAAAAAGGUAAAUUGUAAUCAGAACUCAAAUUAAUUCAACGAAUUGGAGGGGAUUUCAGAAUCAACACCUCAGAAAGCAGAUUUGGACAUAUAAUAAGAGUUGAGCUGCAUGACAAACUAUUAACUGGCAUUCCAUAUGAAUCUGUUGUUUUUGAAAUUUACCUUGAAGGGAAAUUCCCGUUCCAGCCUCCUCGAGUGAUUUGUGAAACUAAUUUCGGCUUCCCUUCAGUUUCAGAUGGCAGGGAUUUGCUUUUAAACAUCACUAAAAAGAAAUGGGCACCUAGCAUCACAUCUUUGGACAUAAUUAAUGCCCUACCUGCAUAUAUAGCUGAGCUCCACCAAAAAUAUCUAUUAGGCACCCAAACUGAGGUCGGAACUUUUCACCUCGGAGAUAUUCAUAAUAUCAGGCAAUGGGAAAAUAAAGAAGGCAUGGGGUGCUUUUUCUGUACUGAGCUAGGGACUGAAAACAAUAAAGAGCAGAAUGCAAGAAUAAUAGUCAUUACUCAUUCUAAAUUUUUAGAGCUUGAACCUCAUAUUGAGCCUGCUAUUAUGGGGAAAAUUGUAAGCUGAGCCACUUUGCAAUCAAUUAACACAAUUUUGACUAAUAAAAGUGAACCGAACCAAUUUGUUAUAGAAUGGAAACAAAUAGAAGAUACCCCACCAUUCCGCCAAACCUUCAGAACUUCUCAAACAAAUGAAGUGCUUGAAUUAAUUUCUCAAAAUACUAGAAGAUUAAACACUGUAGCAAAAUCUAUAAGUUUAUCAAUUCCUUUAAUAAAUGAAGCUGAGGUGUUACCUGAUAGGGUAAAAAAAAUGAAUAUUUUCCAAAUUUUGAAGUUAAUUGAAGAAGCUGAAAAAAAUUUGACAAAAUUAAUAUAGUGAUUUCUCUUGAAUUUAUUUAGAAUCUAAACUAUUUAAAUUAUAGAAAGUUUAAAAGGAAAAUGCAUAACCUUAAAAGCUAUUGAUGAACUAAUGAACUUAUAUCAACAAGCUAUUGAAUAUUUUUCCGCUGUAAAUGACGAACAAUAUGGCAUUUUCCUAAAAAGAAUGCAUGGGCUGCUCGCUAACGAAGCUAUUCAAUCAAUUCUUCAAAGACACCCUGACGAAGUCAUAGAAAAUUACGGACCUCUAUUCGAGGAAGAAAAAAUUGAAGAAAAAGUUUUACUAGAAAGAAUUAGAACAAGCCAAACAAUUGAGCUUGCAGAAAUCAGAGAAGACCAAGAAAACACCGAAAUGCUCAACAACAGCAGAGAACCCACUGAAGGCGAAGAAAGCGGCCAUAGCACAGACUCAGAGCCAAGAGAUUAA